GAAAGGCGAGCACAUGCAGUGUGGCACCGGUAACCUAGUGGGAAUAAAACACUACCUCUAAUUCCUGAUGAUUUUUUCUCCUCCUACCGCUGAGAGGUAAUAAAAGGAAUCUGCAGAACCUCAAGAGGAUUGUUUACACUUGGAUGCUGUUGGGGAAAUACGCACAAUCCUUAAGAGAAGGUUAAAGAAAACCGAAAAUCCAAGGAGUUACAAUUGUGCUAAGUUUUUUAAAGAUGCUGAAUGUGAACUUGCUAGUUUUAAGUUUCUGCCUUGGUCUGGGGACAGGAUACAGUGCUGAUGGUAAAAGACAAUACCAGAUCCAAAACGGGCCAUGUAGCUACACCUUUCUACUGCCUGAGCAGGAAAACUGCCAAACCCAGAGCAACAGCUACAACUAUGCAGUUCAAAAGGAUGGACCCAUGGACAACGACGAGUCGGCACAGAGGCUGGAACAAUUAGAGAUCACCAUGGAGAACAACACACAGUGGCUGCUUAAGUUAGAGAACUACAUACAGGACAGCAUGAAGCAGGACAUGGUCCAAAUCCAACAGACUGCUGUACAGAACCACACAGCUACGAUGAUUGAAAUUGGAACAAACCUGCUGAGUCAAACUGCUGAGCAAACAAGGAAACUGACCAAUGUGGAGGCACAGGUCAUUCAUCACACAACUCGACUUGAGCGCCAGCUUCUUGAGAAUUCCCUGUCAACUAACAAGCUGGAAAAACAACUAAUUGUCCAAACAAAUGAAAUCAACAAGCUGAAUGACAAAAACAGCUUCCUGGAGAAAAAGAUGGAGGAGAUAGAGGAACAGAGGCAGGUGGAGCUGAAGAUGCUUCAAGAAGAAAAGGAGCAGCUCCAGACUCUAAUUCUGAGGCAGACUGCCAUCAUUGGUGAGCUGGAGCAGCAGCUGCUCAAAGUCUCGUCCAACAACACUGUCCUGCAGCAUCAGCAGCAGGAGCUUCUGGACACUGUGAACAACCUCAUUCACACCCUCUCUAUGGGCUCAGCUCAAGAGACAAAAACUGUCAUGAUGCAGGACACUCCUACCACAUUCAUGGAUUGUGCUGCUGUCUACAAGUCAGGAAACACCCAAAGUGGAGUCUACACGCUCACGUUACCCAACACUACAAUAGAGGUUAAGGCUUUCUGUGACAUGGAGACAGAGGGAGGCGGCUGGACAGUCAUACAAAAACGCUUUGACGGCCGUGUUGACUUUCACCGUACGUGGCAAGAGUACAAAAAGGGAUUCGGAGAACCUUCAGGUGAAUUCUGGUUAGGAAAUGAAUUUGUCUCCAAACUGACAGACCGACAGUCCUACAAACUAAGGAUCGAGCUGAGUGACUGGGAAGGAAGCACUGGAUUUUCACAAUACGAUCAGUUUUCUCUUGACAGUGAAGCACAAAAUUACAGGAUACACCUUAAAGGCUACAGUGGAACAGCAGGCAAAAUAAGCAGUAUCGGGCAGCCAGGAAGUGAUUUCAGUACAAAGGAUGCAGACAACGACAAAUGUGUUUGCAAAUGUUCACAACUGACAACAGGGGGUUGGUGGUUUGAUGCAUGCGGUCCUUCCAAUUUGAAUGGGAUGUAUUACCAACAAGGCCAAAACUUAAAUCGUUUCAAUGGAAUCAAAUGGUACUACUGGAAAGGCUCGGGCUAUUCACUGAAGUCCACCAUGAUGAUGAUCAGACCAGCACGCUUCACGGGUCCCCUUUGAACUGUCACUCUCAGAUUAAACAAAGUGGGAAGGAAACUCCUGACAAACAGCAACAAACAGCAAAACCAAAAAUAAAAAUUCUCAAGGGAACCAAAGCACUUCAUGAAAAUAUUUUACAUACCAUUGGAAAGACAUAUUUUUGUGCAUGUUUAUAUGUGUAAUAAUUUGAAUCAAAUGGGUUGUUGCAAAAUAAAUGUGACUAACAAAAUGACACUACCAAAUAUUUAUACUGAAAAUCCUUAUGCCUGUGACAUGUAUAGGUAACUAUGGGUAUAGUAAUCACAUUGAGUCAUAACAGCUAGCUAACCACAUAAGAGAGCCCAGAGUAAAAUGGGACAUUAAUUAUUUUCAUUUCUUGAAUGAUUUUAACAGUUCUAGCAGCCAUGUAACUACGUUUUGAAUAACAGCUGUCUAUGUAAUUUCAAGAAAGAAACUAUGGUACAACAUGCAGACAAACCACUGGCUCAAAGGGAUUGUUAUGUAUUCUGGAAAUAUUUCUGUUCAGUACCUAAAAUGUAAAUGCAAAUGUAAAAAUGCUACAGAAAGUGUUCCUCUUAGACUUGUUUUUCUCCAGAGAAUGUAUGUACAUUUGUUGUUUAAUUUAUAUGUAGAUUUUAAGGUUGAUAUUUAACAUUGUUGUGUAUGAUAGAAAGAUUUGUUAGAGACAUUUUGAGUGCCUCCUAGUUCAUAGCUAGUUAAUGAUUUCAUUGCACAUAAAGGGGGAUAUCUUUUAAUAUAAUUCUGCAGUACCUUCCCAAAUGCUCAUACAUGACAGUGACCUCUUUGCAGCCUUUUAGGAAUGUAUUUUUUUUUAUUUAUGCACAUUUGAAUGAAUUUAUGAAAAAGUGAAGAAGCUGAAUUUCUCACCAGUAAACACUGGCUUUAGGUUUUGUUAGUGUUUGACUGUAAUGCUCUACCAGCCGUUAUAUACCUGAAGUCGAUUAUUAAACACAACCACAAGGCAGAGAGCUUAAGACCUAAGCCUUAGUUCUUAAGUCCUUGUCUACAAUAGCCCUGUUCUACACUAUAACAAUGAACAGUCUAGAGAAUGCACAAUUACUAGAUUACCACAACUUUUUCAGCAAUGUUUCAUCUUUUCAAUUACAAAAUAAAAACUUCUCCAAAA